AGUUGCUAUUUAGAAUCGUAAAAAACACGGAACAACCUAGCCUAGGCCUAGGCUCCUACCUCUACGGAACAAAUGGUUCAGGCAAAUAACGAUUCAAUUAUUUAGAUUGGAGAUUGUGUUGCUCCAGCUGCUGCUGACGAUGGAGAGGCAAAUGAAGACUUCUACUCUCGCUUUGUUGUUAGGUUGCCUCUGUGGCUUCUGCCUCUGCUCGGAGCAAGUUCCCAGUUUCAGACUGGAAGCCAGCCAGCUGGUGUUUGUGGUUCUGUCGCAGCCCAACGACUACCACGUGCGGCAAGCGGAGCAGUUCAAGAAACACUUUGAGGAGCAGCUGACAGACGUUCACCAGACUGACGGACAAGUACAAAGGUCGUCCCUACAGCUGGGUGUGUGUCUGUGAGGAGGACACGCGUGUCAACCUGGCUCGCCUCACCGCGCUGCUGCAGCGAUAUGAUUCCUCCAAGGAUGGUGUUCAGUCAGCCGGCCAUCCGCUUGCUCUCGGAGCGCUGUGGAUGCUACUCGGAUGAUUCUCCGGAUGACAUGACCUUGGGAAGGUGCCUGAAGUCUAUUGGCAUACCCUCGACGCACAGUCGUUACUUUCACCAGGCGCGCCCAGAUGACUACAGCCCCAAUUACCUGGCCAAUCAACUCCCCGUCUCCUUCCACAAGCACUGGAACAACGACCCCUACAAGGUCUACGCUGACCUGGUCGCUGAGGUCACCGAGGUCGCCGGGGUCACGGAGGUCGCAGAGGAGGAAGUGGAGGUGGAGGCACAGAGGGAGGAGUCCGGCAAGAGGAUGACAGAAACCUGGCAGAGUGAUGGAGGAGGGGAGGGGAGUGAUGGAGGAGGAGAGGGGAGUGAUGGAGGAGGAGAGGGGAGUGAAGGAGGAGGGGAGGAGAGUGAAGGACGGGACGAGUUGUGACGCAGAUGCAUCAUAUGUGCGUGCAAAACCUGUGUGAUGUUGUUGUUGUGGUUGUUGAUGUUGUUGUGGUUGUUGUUGUUGUGGUUGUUGAUGUUGUUGUGGUUGUUGUUGCUGUUGUUGUGGUUGUUGUUGUUGUGGUUGCUGUUCUGCUUCCUAUAUGGCUGUACAGGUGUACAUGGUGUACAGUUUGACCAAAAAUCCCCAACCACUCAUGGUAUGUAUCUGUGUGCGUAUAUUUCUUGUAUUUCUAUGUCACUAUUAUGUAUUAUGUAACCUAACGUCUGUCAGUAUUCCUGCCCGUCAUUUCAUUCUUGUGAAUAUCUUCUUAUCGUGUAUCUGGCCACUUCUCCAAACGGGAUGUACCGAUAUGGCGGAAGUUGAGAGUUUGUUGAUCUAUUUGUCACCGCAGAGCUUUUUUGAUAAGCUUGUGUGAAGUUUUCAACCUGGUCUGUGUAUGACUUGUGUGAGCUGGGACAUAGUCCUUGAUGAAUGGGACACUUGUGGCUAUGUCUGGGACAUAGUCCUUGAUGAAUGGGACACUUGUGGCUAUAUAUAUAUAUCAUGUGUCUGGGACAUAGUCCUUGAUGAAUGGGGCACUUGUGGCUAUAUAUAUAUAUAUAUAUCAUGUGUCUGGGACAUAGUCCUUGAUGAAUGGGACACUUGUGACUAUAUAUAUAUAUAUCAUGUGU